AUGGGUUAGCCUAGUCUUAGGUACUCUAAACCUCCAGAUGAUGCUUUGCUAAUUUCCUUACCCAUUAGAAAUAGUCUAGAAGCUGUUGUAGUGAGACUGGAUCGUUCUGCUUAAUAUCCUCCUCUAGACACAAAGGAAUGGGGGUAAUUCCUGUAUUAAAUUAACCUUCCUUUGGAUAAGAAAAAUAAGCUGAAUCUUCUUAAUGAUAGUACAAAACCUUAAUAAUAUAUAGAUUUCAAAGCGCAAAUUCUAUAUUAGUAUCUAAAAUCAAAAAAGAAGAAUGUUGAGCCUGCCAUUUUGGGGACCGAAGAAGGACUUGAAGACUUAUUGGUUUAUUUGCGAUCAUUAUCAAAAUAAGACUUAUCCAAAUAUAUUGUGGAAAAAAAUCUUAUUGAGAAAUUAACAAAGCUAUGUCAAACUGAUUGCGAAGGUCAUCACGAUAAAGAAUGUCUUAUUUUAAAUAUCAUAUUAUUGGCAUUAGAAUCUGAUAACAAUCUCGAAAUCCCGACUUCUUCGUUAAACGAAUUCUGCAUGAUCUUGAAUCCCCUUCACAUUGUAAACUUUUCGUUAAUACUUGAAAUUUAUGUGUUGAUUUGCAAAUUUUAGACUGAUGAGCGCAUGCUUCAAAUAGCUUUAGCGUGGUUGGAAAUGAAACGUCAAGGACAUUGGAAUUAUCCCAUUGAACCUUUCAUCCAACUGCUUUAAUCCAAUAAAAGCGUGUUUGCAAUAGCCAACAUGUGUAGAUUUCUUAAUUACUUUAUGGAAGCCCAUGCAGACUAAACUUAUAGCUAUAAAUUGAAGAAGAGUUUCAUCUAAUACGGACUAAGAAUCUUACUUUAGGAUGUGAAGAGCAAAAUACAAAGUGGAAGUUAUUAAUUGCAAGAUUGCACAUAUGCAGCUAUGGAUUAGCAAUUAAUGGAAUAAUACUUGAUGCUAAAAGAUAAUCCAGCAAGAAAACGAAAGGUGUUACCUCCAGAUGGAAAACCUGUAGAAUUAAGCAUUUGUGCCAAACUAUGUCACGAAUUGUUUAUCGAUUUGAAUAACACUAAUGCUUCUACUAAGUUUUAAAAGGUAUGCGAAGAAGCUACGGCACAAAUAGAUGCAUUUCUUUUUUUAACAGAGGACAUUGAUGAAGAAUUGAAAGGUCAUAAGGGGCCAACCUAGAAGGAUAAUAAUAUUAGUCAAUUUCGAAGACAACAAUCUAUCUCCAACAUUUAUGAAGUUGAAGAUUCAUAAGAAAUUAGAAUCCCCAAUUUAGACUAUAAUUAACUUAACACAUAAGUGAGAGAAGCCCCCACAAUUUAAGAGACUGUUAAAAUCCUUGAUGAUUACGUUACCUAACAAGCUAAUGUUGGAGUGAAUCCAGUAUCUUAACUAAUUCAAACAACAGCUCAAAAACUCUUGGAAUUAAAAAAGAAUGAUCCUACACAUUUAGAAUUAGUAGAAGCUGAAAAAAAAUGCACAUAAUUAGAAUAACAGUUGAGAAAGAUCUAUGAAUAAAAAGAUAAGUAUUUUUAAGAGAUGAAAGAACUAGAAAGUAAAUUAGAAUAAUAAUCUAAACUUAUUGAAUAAUUACAAUCAGCAGCCCCAGCUUCAUAGGUAAGUACUACCAUCUCAGCUCCAAACCCACCUUAAAUAGCACCUCCACCACCUCCUCCUCCACCACCACCUCCUCCAGGAGGUUUAUUAACUGCGCCACCUCCUCCACCGCCGCCACCUCCCCCUCCUCCUCCUGGGGGUUCAUUAACUGCACCUCCUCCACCACCACCACCUCCUCCUCCUGGAGGCAGACUUCCACCUCCUCCUCCACCUCCUCCUGGUGGAAUGCCUCCUCCUCCUCCUAUGCCUGGAAGAGCUCCUCCUCCUCCACCAGGAGCAGCUAAACCAGGAAAAUAGAAAUGCAAUCCAACUAAGCCAAUGAAAUAAGUUCCGUGGGUUUUGAUUAAAGAAGACAAGAUAAAGGGAACAAUUUGGGAGAAAUUAGAUGAUAAAAAGAUUAAAUUAGAUGUGGAAUUAUUAGAGGAGAAGUUUUCAAGACCAGAACCUACUCAGAGAUCGCAAUCUACUAUAGUACAACCUUUGAAACCAUAAAAAGUAUCGUAAUUAUCCUCAGAGAGAUGUAAAAAUGUAGAACUUGUCAUUUCAAGAUUAAAACUAAGUGCUUUUACAUUGAAGGAGGCACUUUUGGCAAUAGAUUAUGAUGUGUUAACGGAAGAUAAAGUUGGUAUGUUAAUAAAUGCAGUUCCUGAGAAGGAAGAGUAGGAACUAUUUUUACAUUAUUAGCCUGAAGAUAUUAAUUUAGUGGCAGUUCCUGAUUAAUUCUUUAUGGAUUUAAGUCCAAUUCCAUAAAUAAAAUUGAGAGUGGAGGCAAUAACGAUUGCAUAUGAAUGGAAAGAAUUAGCCUCAACAAUAACGGCAAAAUAGGAGAAGAUUAAGGUUGGAAUUAAAAUGUAGAGAGAAGAUGAGAAGCUUCCCAUUUUAUUGGAAUAUUCAUUGGCACAUGGAAAUUACUUGAAUGGGCAAUCAGCCAAAGGAGGAGCUAGUGCAUUUAAAUUGGACAUAAUGUCUUAAUUGGAUGAUGUUAAAUCAAAUGACAAUAAGACAAAUUUAUUGAUUGUGAUUUUGGAGAAAGUUGAAAGAGAAAUUGGGUGUUUGUAUGACGUUGAAUUUUUGGCAAAGAUAGAUUAUGAAUUCUUAUCGAAAAUUUCAUUGUAAACAAUAGGAUAAGAUUUGAAUGAAUUAAAAAGAAUGUAAAGAGUGGUUGAAAGAGCCUAAAAGUCAUAGGGAGAAGAUUCUAAUGACAAAGCAGCCGAAAAAUUCAAGAUUUUAUUUGAUCAGUUAGAAGAGACUUGUGGGACAAUUGACAAAAAUAAUAAAGACCUAGAUUUGGUAUACAAAGAUUUGUUGAAUCAUUAUUGUGAAGAUUAAAAAACCCAGUCUGACGAGUUUUUUUAGAAAAUCGAAAGAAUAUGGACAGAUUAUAAAAAUGCUAAAGCAUAAAUGGAUAGAACUAAGCAAGCUUAACAAAAAGAAUAAGAAAAGUUGAUGAGAUCCUAAUCUAAUUUAGUCUAGUCAUAAAUGCUAAUGUCUUCAUCAAUAACGCAAAUGAGUCAAAACGAACCAAUUAAGUAAGAGGAGAAGGCCUCACCAGCUCCAGUAACGGAGAAGAAGGAUCCAAAGGAAGUAUUGGCGGAAUUGAAAAUGUUGCAAUCAAAGAAAGCCGAAUUAGCAGCGAAGAGAUAAUAACAAAAAUGA